AUGGACAAGAAGGUGGUGCUGAUCACAGGCUGCUCCUCGGGCAUCGGCCUCAGCCUGGCCGUCCGGUUGGCCUCCGACCCCGACAAAACAUUCAAAGUGUACGCCACCAUGAGAAACCUGGCCAAGAAGGAGCGUCUCCUGGAGUGUGUGAAAAGCCUGCACAAGGACACCUUGGACAUCCUCCAAAUGGACGUGACCGUCCGGCAGUCCAUCCUGGACGCGAGGGACAGGGUGGCCGAGAAACGAGUGGACAUCCUGGUGUGUAACGCCGGAGUGGGUUUGACGGGCCCGCUGGAGGUGCAGUCCCUGGACUCCAUGAGGAAGAUCCUGGAGGUCAACCUCUUCGGGACCAUCCAGACCAUCCAGGCUUUCCUGCCCGGCAUGAAGGCUCAGGGCCAAGGCCGCAUCCUGGUCACCGGCAGCACCGGAGGGCUUCACGGGCUGCCCUUUAAUGAGGUGUACUGCGCCAGUAAAUUUGCGAUCGAGGGAGCGUGCGAGAGCUUGGCGGUCCUCCUGCAACACUUCAACAUCCACGUGACUCUCAUCGAGUGCGGGCCGGUCAACACCGACUUCCUGGUCAACCUGCAGAGGGCGGAGCUCGGGGACGCGUCCCUGCAGCAGGUCGACGCCCUCACCCUCAGCCUCUACGAAAAGUACCUGCGGCACUGCGGCGACGUUUUCCAGAACGCAGCCCAGGACACUGAGGACAUCGUGAAGGUGUUCCUGGAGGCCAUCCAGGAGGCCAGCCCUGCGUUCAGAUACUUCACCGGCGGUGGAGUGCCACCUCUCAUCAAACUGAAGAUCACAGAUCCCGACGGCUCACGCUACAUCAGAGCGUUGAGCAAAAUCAUGUUCUCAGCUGAGGAUCAAUAAUGUUCAUCACCUGCUCGUCUUCUCGCAGGUCAAACUUUCUGCUCUGUUGGUUUUGAUUUCCAAAGAAUGAAGUUGACUCACCGUGACUCACUGGUUGCUUUAAGGGCGUUGUGUUCGUUCACAUGGAGCGACUCCAAGCUUCUAUUUCUCAAAAGUUAUAUUCCUGAUUAUAUAAAAAUAGAUAAUGUUCUGGUUGGUGGAGAUAUAUUAUGUGUUGAAUGCGUUUCUCCUGUCUUUUUAUAUUUUUCCCGCCACACUGGUUGGCAUAUUUUCAAACGACUCGCCGAGUUUCUCGACAUUACCACUCUAUGAAAGUAAAACACUUGUGCCAUGUUUGAUCGGCUCUCUUAAGCAACGUGAACAACUUCCUCGUUCUCAAGCGUGGAAUGAAGAAAUGUUUCAUUUCUUUUUGUGUGUUUGUUCAAUGGCUUUAAUGUCUCUUGAGGGAAGAAUCAAUAAAGUACUUAAACUCAACUGGAA